AUGAACCCAUCUUUUGACAGAUUCAGCACGCUUCCGGACGAGCUGUUAUUGCUGAUAUUUGACCAAAUCAAAGCCGACGACAACAUUUCAAGCUUCCAUACCCUCAACGCAACAAGCAAGCGGCUCCGAAGUCUGACAACCGAUUAUCUAUACUACAAGUUUCAUGGUCUGGCUCCAGAACAGCUUCUGCGUACUAUAGCGUUACCACACCCAAAUGUACGACCUGAGCUUGCAGAUCAUGUCAAAGAAGUAGUGUGGUACCAGAGCUAUUGGACAAGGACAGCUCUUCAGCGAUGUUUGAAGCAGGACGACAGACUGCUGCUUGCAGUCAAACUACGAGAUUCUGGGUGGCUUAUACACACAAGCCAUUCUUCUGGGAAUCUGCCUGAGCGGUUCGUCAAUCUUGAUCAUGAGCGUGAGAUACACUGGUGGUAUCUCGAAUUCUUUCUCCUUUUCACACCCAAUGUUCAAAAACUCUGUGUGUGGGACACAUGGCAAUGGGACGACCACUCCUACUGGUUCGAUACUAUAUCACGCAAUCCGACCCAAUUCAAAAACCUUCAGUCGAUUACGCUUCAUGGACCUCUACGGCUGGAGAACGUCGUGCCCCUGUUGACUUUGCCGUCGAUUCGUCAGUUAGAGCUUAUUGAAGUCGUCACCAUGCGCCAAGAACCUGGGAAGACUUUCUCGUGGCAAGACAGCACGGACAACACAAUAGAACGUAUGCUUGCCGGUGGGUCUUCUCUUGAGCAACUAGUAAUGAGGGAUUCCGAUAUCUUCUUCCCAGAGGCAAUCAUCAUCCUCGAGAAACUCAAUAAUCUCAAGAGCCUGAGUUACGAACACCUUCCAAGCGAUCUCGGAUCCCAUCCAGAAACCUACCGUGAAUUCCUAAUGAUUGAUGAAUUGCGACGCCUUUCGAGGAUCCCCCUCAAACACCUUCAAAUCCGUGGUGAAAUACCGCUUGACGAAAGUGUGGUGUCGUCGCUCUUGAACAUUAAAGCUCCGAUGCUAGAGGAGCACCCAUUACAUAACCUACAUACUUUAGAUAUCGGGCCUUGCGACAAGAAUAGCAUCAAUGGCAUAUCUUUAAUGAUGUACGAAAACGAUAGGGAUCCUAGUCAUAGUAAUAUCGCCAAUCAACUACCGGAUACACUAGAAGUCUUGAACAUCAAGUUGGAACCUUUUGGGUAUGAUAGGGUACCUCUAAUUUCUCCUUACUUCCAAAUUCUGUCGGGUUUCGCUGCGGCUGUCGCUUGUUCGCCGUGUAACCUGAAGCGUGUGAGCCUUGUCGAAUGGCCCGCGUGGAGAGACGAGGACUCCGCUCAAGCAAUGUUUUCUGUCUUACAAGGGUUGUAUAGUAAAGCGGGCAUGAAUCUAGAUGUUUCAUUCAAGGAAAUUUAG